ACAGGAAGGAAGGAAGGUUUUCUGAGAUGGCAACGAAGGGGGUUUGCAGACCUUGAAUUCAACUCCAUUUCAUUUCAGUACCACGCCCAAUCCAUUGCAAACAUCCGGGAAGCCACGAAAAGCUUGGCCACUAAUCCCCUCGUCUACCGGCCGGUGGCCAUCGCUUUGGACACCAAAGGCCCUGAAAUCCGGACGGGGUUGAUUAAAGGGGGCGAGAACGAAGAAGUAGAACUCGCCAAAGGAUCCCGCUUGAUCGUGACCACGGAUCCGGCCUUCCGGGAGCAAUGCGACGCGCAGACGAUUUGGGUGGAUUACGCCAACUUGCCAAAAGUUGUGAGCGUUGGUGGGCGGAUCUUUAUCGACGAUGGGCUGAUCUCCUUACUGGUCAAGGAACUCCGUAAGUUUUCUCCCACUGGGAGGGUGGAUCUCUUUCUCCAGCUAUAUCACAGCUGGUCCAUCUUG